GCUUCAUCUCAGCUGCUGUCAAACGCAAAUAAACGUCACCUGGGACUAAAUUACAAUAAUUGUUCCCAAAACAGACCGCUAUUUAUUCCACCAUUAUCACCUUACUCUACAUAAACUACAUCAUUUAUUUUCUAACCGUUUGAAAGAGGAUCAGCCAUCAUGUUCUACACCUGUGGUCCCAACGAGGCUAUGGUGGUGUCCGGGUUUUGUCGUUCUCCUCCACUGAUGAUACCUGGAGGCCGAGUGUUCGUCAUCCCGUGCAUCCAGCAGUUACAGAGGAUUUCUCUGAACACGCUGACUCUGAAUGUGAAGAGCGAUAAAGUGUACACCCGCCAUGGGGUGCCUGUCUCCGUCACCGGGAUAGCCCAGAUGAAGAUCCAGGGUCAGAACAAACAGAUGCUGGCUGCAGCUUGCCAAAUGUUCAUGGGGAAGUCAGAAGCAGAGAUCGCUCAGAUCGCCUUGGAGACGCUGGAGGGACACCAGCGGGCCAUCAUCGCCCACCUGACUGUGGAGGAGAUCUACAAGGACAGGAAGAAGUUCUCUGAGCAGGUUUUUAAGGUGGCCUCCUCUGACCUGGUCAACAUGGGCAUCAGCGUGGUCAGCUACACGCUCAAAGACGUUCACGACGACCAGGAUUAUCUGCAUUCACUGGGGAAGGCUCGAACAGCCCAGGUUCAGAAGGACGCCCGCAUUGGAGAGGCCAAGAACAAGAGAGAUGCUGUGAUCAGGGAGGCUCAUGCGAUGCAGGAGAAAGUCUCAGCUCAGUACAAGAAUGAGAUCGACAUGGCAAAGGCUCAGAGGGACUAUGAGCUGAAGAAGGCAACCUACGACCUGGAGGUGAACACUAAGAAGGCGGAGUCGGAGAUGGCCUACCAGCUGCAGGUCGCCAAGACCAAGCAGCGCAUAGAGGAGGAGAAAAUGCAGGUCCAGGUGGUGGAGCGCACGCAGCAGGUCAUGCUGCAGGAGCAGGAGAUCACCCGUAGGGAGAAGGAGCUGGAGGCCAAGGUGAAGAAACCUGCAGACGCUGAGCGGUACCGCCUGGAGAAGCUGGCUGUAGCUCAGCGUCUCAAGAUGAUCAUGGAGGCGGAGGCUGAAGCCGAGUCCAUCAGGAUGAAAGGUGAAGCCGAGGCGUUUGCGGUGGAGGCCAAAGGUCGCGCUCAGGCGGAGCAGAUGGCCAAGAAAGCAGAGGCCUUCCAACAGUACAAGGAUGGAGCCAUGGUGGACAUGCUGCUGGAGAAACUGCCUCUGAUGGCAGAAGAGAUCAGCCGGCCUCUGUGUGAAGCCAAUAAGAUCACCAUGGUGUCCAGUGGGGGGGGGGAGGUGGGCGCAGCCAAACUGUCAGGAGAGGUGAUGGACAUCAUGGUCCGCCUCCCCGCCGCUGUGGAGAAACUGACCGGAGUCAACAUCUCCCAGGUGACCUCAGGUACCGGCUGAAGAGAAACAGCAGUGUGGUGACCGGACAGAUCCACUCCGGCUCUUUGCAUGAGUCUGCUCACACUAACAGCCUCUCUCCUCUGCUCCCAUUUAGUCUUCAGCUGUGAUUCUGAGUUGUGAAAAUAUCAUAUUUGAUCACCGAUACGUGGCUCUAUGUGAUCUGAAGUACUGUGCUCCUCUGGCUACUGUCACUGUUGUUAUCUCGGUUGUUAUUUUUAUAUAGGCUACUGUUUUUUUUUAAUUACAUUUAGCAUAAUCACAUGACAUUCAAAUUACAAUUCUUCCACAUACUUUAUUUUAAAAACCCAGACUGUGACUUCAUUUACUUUGACUUUACCAGACUUUUAAAUGCUUAGGAACAACACCUUUAACAGAAGUGUCUUUGUAUCCCAUACUU